AUAUGCAUGUGUAUCAAAUGAUAAAUAUUAAAUACUUUCUUUAGAAGAGAAUUAUUAUGUCGUAAAAUUAACGUAAACUGAUGCACCGGAAGUUGCAUAUUCUGUUGAUGUGACGGUAGUGACUGCCAAGAGUAAGAGCAGUGCUAAAAGAGAUUGUCAAUAUGUUUUUAAAACCAUUUAGGGUAAAAACACAGACAAAUAUCAAAGGAUCUGAAAGGAAAAAAGUCCGAUCAACUUUGCAAAAUUGUUACCCCUCAUUGUCUGUAAAAGAUGCCUCAGACAUUGUCCCCAACAAAGCAGAGAUGACAACUGCAAAAAUUAACACCCAUUCAGGAUUAAAUGUUCUUGUGUACUGUGUGGAGAAGAACCCUGUCCUUAUUGAUAUUGAUGGAGUUAUCUACCCUUCUGUGUACACAUUGUGGAGAUAUCCAGCUCUUGUACCAGUGUUUAGAACGCAGCCAGUUGUUUUCUCUAGGCUGGCCGGAGGUGCAGAUUUAAUGUUACCAGGGGUGGUUGUUGAAGGGGAGGUGACUCCCAAAACUUUUGCCCACAUAGACAAAGGAUCAGUGUGUUCUAUCUCACUGAAUGGAAAUCGGAGUCCUAUAGCAGUGGGAACUGCAGCAAUGUCGGGGAGUGACAUGUUUGAUUCUGCAAUGAGAGGAAAAGGAGUACAUGUGUUGCACAUUUUAGGAGAUGAAUUAUGGGCUUUUGGUGAUAAAUCAAAACCUCCUGUGUUACCGGAAACAACCUCAAGCACAGAUGAUCUCCACCAUGAUGAGGACAGCAACACAGCUCAGGAUGAAGACAUUCAAGCUCCAUCUCAAGAGGAAGACCACUGUGAGAAAGGACAGGGAUCUGAGCAGCAGACAGCUGGAGAAGAAAACUCUCGUGAGAGAGAGGAAGACGAGGAUCUAGCAAUGUCAGCAGACCAGCUGAGUUUGGAAGAGCAGGGAGAUGUUUUGAAGGAGGAAUCUCUAGAUCAUUCACCUGCAGAAUCCAUGGAUGAUCUGUUUAUGUUGUGUUUCCGAUGUGCUCUAAAAAAGUCUCUCAAACUGACAGACCUACCUGUUCUUACCAGUGCUUUCUACAAAGUUCACAUGCUGAAAUUCUGUCCAGCAGAUAAAUAUUUAGAUGUCAAGAAAACUUCAUUCAAAAAGCUGUCCAAGUUUCUGAAGGAAAUGGAGAAAGAAAAUUACAUAAAAGUAAAAGAAUUGUCAAAAGGAGUUGAAAGUAUUACAGAAAUGAAGAAAGAUCACCCAGGUCUGCGACACAUUUCUCCACCUGAGGGCGCUACAGUCAUGGAACAACAAGCCGAGACAUCUCCAUCACAAUACAAACCUCCCUGCAUCACAGAAAUGUUGUCUGUCACUGCAGCAGUUGUUCCCCUUGUCAAAGAAUUAGGCAUACGUAAAGGAACUGCAAUGACUGGGACAGAGCUACGCAAUAUUGUAAAUGAAUAUGUGAGGAAAAACAGCCUUCAGAAUGAGAACAAUAAGAGCAAGGUUAAUCUUGAUCCGCUGCUGGCGUCUGUAGUCCUGAGAAAGGGUGAAAAUGAUGUCACACAGCUACGUUGGGAUGAUUUAACCUCAAGAGUUGCAGAUAAAAUGCAGAAUGUUCAUAAACUUGAAUUCCCAGGACAACCUCCAAUUAUUAGGAAAGGCAAAAUUGAAGGAAUAACUCUCAAUGUUUUUCAGAGAGGAUCCAAUAAAAAGGUGACAACAGUGGAUAAUCUGGAUGAAUAUGGAUUAGAUUUGAAGGAGUUUGCCCACGAGAUCCAGAUAGCAAUUCAGUGCAGUUGUACUGUUUCACAAAGUAGUUCCAACAAAACACAAGUAGUAAUACAAGGCAAUCAAAUUGCCUAUGUGGCUGACCUACUGACAGGAAAAUACAGAAUUCCUAAGAAGUAUAUCAAAGGUUGGGAAAAGGCUCCAAAGGCCAAAAGAAAAUGAACUGUGAUAUUAUACAAAUAAAAUAUUCAACUUACA